CAAACAGACUUAGAACCUGAGGUAAUAGUUUCUGUUAGUGGACAGGCCUCAACACAAACAGCAACCACAGAUGCUUCCAAAGCUAAUCAACCAAAACGUUUGCACGUUAGCAACAUUCCUUUCAGGUUUAGAGAUCCAGACCUUAGGCAGCUAUUUGGACAAUAUGGUCCUAUUUUAGAUGUAGAAAUUAUCUUUAAUGAAAGAGGCUCGAAGGGUUUCGGUUUCGUAACAUUCGCAAAUAGCCUCGAUGCUGAUAGAGCACGUGACCACUUGAACGGCACGGUGGUAGAGGGACGAAAGAUUGAGGUUAACAAUGCGACUGCGAGAAUACAGACCAAAAAAUUACCGACAAUACCCAACGGUAAGACGAAAACGACAAUUGAUGAAAUGGCUGCUUUAAGAGGGGUUGCUAUUCAGAGAGGACGUGCCCGAGGAGCUUUCGCAACCGCCUUUACACGCCACCCAUCUCCACUAACUGCAGCCGCUGCAGCAACAGCUCUCCAUAGUUACACGCCGCUGAUGUUGCAUCGGGGAGUUUACCAAGAUCCAUUUUUGGCUUAUGCAGGAGCUGAGAGAUAUCAACUUCCGGCAUCAUAUGCAGCAAGUGCAGCUUACACAGCAGCAGCAGCUCGAAGUUACGCAGCAGCAGCUGCGGCAGCUCAACCAGUAGCAUCAUACGCCGCUGUCGCAGGAUCUCCAUCAUUGUAUUACAGCUAUGGGAGGGAAUAUGCUGACCCAUACCUAGGCCAUAGCAUAGGCCCAGUCGCUGGAUACGGGGCUGCCGUGUACCGAAGUGGUUACAACCGAUUCACCCCGUACUAGUAGCUGACAGGAGACCAGUUCUGGAUAUUCAAUGAUUCAGGCUGAUCCACAACAGCUUAGAACAGCGACAUAUUCCUAUAGCAGGAAAGAUAUGCCAAGCUUCAACAUAGACUGUUACCGUUUGUAAAGUUUACGUUGGAUCAGU